CUUGGAUCAGCUAACCACACCAUCGUUCAGAUCUCAACGCCUCCGUAGCAUAGAUUUUAAAACUGAUCCGCGGUCAGCUUCGAGACAGCAAAGCAUACGGCACCGGGAAGCAGGAAGUACGUAAUCCUGGUCAGGGACUGAAAAACAGGAGCCAGUCGCGUCUCGUCAGCAAGUCUGAAUACAAGAUCAGCUAUGGGCAAAGGAGGAGGCACUUUUGAGCGGUUGCUCGAUAAGGCCACCAGUCAGCUUCUACUGGAGACAGACUGGGAAUCCAUCCUGCAGAUCUGUGACCUCAUUCGCCAAGGAGACACCCAAGCGAAGUACGCCAUCGGUGCCAUAAAGAGGAAGGUGAACGACAAGAACCCACACGUGGCUCUGUACGCCCUGGAGGUCCUGGAGUCCGUGGUGAAGAACUGCGGCCAGACUGUCCACGAUGAGGUGGCCUGCAAGCAGACCAUGGAGGAGCUGAAGGACCUCCUCAAGAAGCAGACGGAGCCGAACGUGAGGAAUAAGAUUCUGUACCUGAUUCAGGCCUGGGCCCACGCCUUCCGCAACGAGCCCAAGUACAAGGUGGUGCAGGACACCUACCAAAUCAUGAAGGUGGAGGGUCAUGUGUUUCCCGAGUUUAAAGAGAGCGAUGCCAUGUUUGCAGCGGAAAGGGCCCCUGAUUGGGUGGAUGCUGAGGAGUGUCAUAGAUGUCGAGUUCAGUUUGGGGUCAUGACCCGAAAGCACCACUGUCGGGCGUGUGGUCAGAUCUUCUGUGGAAAGUGUUCCUCCAAAUACUCCACCAUCCCUAAGUUUGGCAUCGAGAAGGAGGUCCGCGUGUGUGAGCCCUGCUUUGAACUCCUCAACAAGAAAACAGAAGGGAAGCCGACAGCCACCGGGCCGGCGGAACUCCCUCCAGAGUAUCUGACCAGCCCUCUUUCCCAGCAGUCUCAGAUGCCCCCCAAGAGGGACGAAUCGGCACUGCAGGAGGAGGAGGAGCUUCAGCUGGCCAUCGCCCUAUCACAGAGCGAGGCUGAGGAGAAGGAGAGAAUGAGGCAGAAGCCCUCGUACUCCUCGUACCCCAAGGUGGAGCCCACCCCGGCGACGUCCUCGGCCCCACCGGUCAGCACCCUCUACUCGGCCCCUGUGGUGAGAGCCGCUCCGGGCGCCUUCUCCCUCGCUCCCCAGCUGGCACGGUACCUCAACAGGACGUACUGGGAAAAGAAGCAGGAAGAAGCUCGCAAGAGCCCCACCCCUUCUGCCCCCGCCCCCGGGCCCGUGCCAUUGGCCGAGCCCCUGCCCGUCAGCCAGCCCGCGGACGCCCACGUGCCCGCUCAGCCAGUCAGCGUUGUGGAGCAGCAGUACCAGAACGGGGAGUCGGAGGAGAACCACGAGCAGUUCCUGAAGGCGCUGCAGAACGUGGUCACCACCUUCCUGAACCGCGUGAAGAGCAACCACAUGCGCGGUCGCAGCAUCACCAACGACAGCGCCGUGCUCUCGCUCUUCCAGUCCAUCAACAACAUGCACCCCCAGCUGCUGGACCUGCUCAACCAGCUGGACGAGAAACGCUUGUACUACGAGGGGCUGCAGGACAAGCUGGCGCAGGUUCGAGACGCGCGGGCGGCGCUGAACGCCCUGCGGGACGAGCACCGCGAGAAGCUGCGGCGGGCGGCGGAGGAGGCGGAGCGGCAGAGGCAGAUCCAGCUGGCCCACAAGCUGGAGAUCAUGAGGCAGAAGAAGCAGGAGUACCUGGAGGUGCAGAGGCAGCUGGCGAUCCAGCGGCUGCAGGAGCAGGAGAAGGAGAGGCAGCUGAGACUGGAGCAGCAGAAGCACACCGUCCAGAUGAGAGCGCAGAUGCCGGUCUUCUCCCUGCCCUACACACAGAUGCAGUCCCUGCCCCCUAACGUGGCCGGGGGGGUGGUGUACCAGUCGGCCGCCCCCCCCAGUUACCCCGGCGCCUUCAGCCCCUCCGGGUCCGUGGAGGGCUCGCCCAUGCACACGGUCUACAUGGCCCAGCCGGGGCAGCCUGGCACCGGGCCGUACCCGCCCAUGCCCGUCUCGGCAGCAGACCCGAACAUGGCCAACGCCUACAUGUACCAGACCGCUGGCCCCACGGGCCCGCCCGCCCCCCCGGCCCAGGCUGUUCCCACCACUAGCCCUGCCUACUCCAGCUACCAGCCCACACCCACGCAGGGCUACCAGAAUGUCGUUUCCCAGACUCAGCCCAUUCCCCCUCAGGCCCCUCCCACCAACGGUAUGGGCUACAUGAGCUACCAGCCCUACCACAUGCAGAACAUGAUGCCAUCGCUGCCUGGGCAGGACCCCAACAUGGCCACCCAGCAGCCCUACUUGCCAGGACAGCAGCCCAUGUAUCAACAGAUGGUGCCCCCUGGUGGCCACCAGCAGCAUGCGCAGCAUCAGCAGCCACAGCAACCCCCGGGGCAGGGCGGAGUUGCGCAGCUGAUCUCCUUUGACUGACAGUCAGCCCCGCCCUCCCAGGCCACGCCCUCGUGGGCCCCGCAGGCCACACUACAACUCACUACUACCCCUCACACCACCUCACAACCUAAAUUUGUGUGUUACAAUCCACUGCCACCCCAGCACACCCCCCCCCCCCCGAUACCUCCCUCUUCUGCACCCCCAUAGUGGGUCUGUGGGGAGGGGAAGGGGGCGGGGUUUAAACAGGGGAGCUCCAAAUCCAUCGGACUCUGCAUCUCCAUUUCCGCUUUGUCCUAUGUAGGCGUGUAUGUUUGUGUGUGUGUGUGUGUGUGUGUGUGUGUGUGUGUGUGUACGUAAUGUUCAAUUGUGAGACGAAACACAGAGGCUCAGAUUAGUCACUUCUGUUAUAAAAUGAAGGAAAAAAAGCAAAUUCAUUUUCACAGGAAAAAAAAAAAGAUAUAAUGAGUAGUCCUGUCCGGCAUAUUUUUCUAUAGCGAAUUGCAUGGCUUUUUUUUUUUUUUGUGAGUGAUGAUGCCCGAGACUACAGCUCUUACUGAGUUUUCAUUGGCCGGCAUUAUUAUUCUUUCAUUUAAGAACAGGAAGUAGAGGCGUAGAAGCGUAUGGUCAGAUACCACUUCAUGAAGGUGCCCCGAAAUGAAGUUAGACCCAGUCCGCUAACACCGCUGUCCUGCGACAGGCUGCGCCGGUCUGGAGAUCUGGAGGCCCACGGGUCCCACCCUGGGGUAGACGCGCCAUGCUGAACGACACACGGCUCCUUUCAUGCCACGCACAGCUGUCCCUGUGGAAAGCCUUACUAGUUUACACUGCUUCACUUUGGCUUAUAAUGGCGAGAUGGGGACCCGCAAACUAGGCUCUGUUUUUGCGGGGCCCUCCCAUUGAAAAGAUGUGGGAGGAUUGUGAAGAGUUAUACGUGGAAAUAAUCUGUGUGUUGAGGGGGCUGUCUGUCUGCCACAGUAAAGCGAAGGUGCUCACUCAUCACUGCAGGGCUCAGAGGGAAGGACACGGACAAGUCCUGUGAAGGACAGGGCCUGUGAAGGACAGGUUUUGUAAAGGACAGGGCCUGUGAAGGACAGGUUUUUGUAAAGGACAGGUCCUGUGAAGAACAGGUUCUGUAAAGGACAGGCCCUGUGAAGGACAGGUUCUGUAAAGGACAGCUCCUGUGAAGGACAGUGCCUAGGGCCGCCCGCAGUUCUUGGCUGAAAGGUUUUCCAGUCGCACUGCGUCGUACAGAAUCGCACAGUGCUGGACAGUCUGUCUGCACCUCUCUGGGGAAAUGCUGCUUCUGCGGCUUCAUCACCGGGUCUUAAGAGCAACCGCGCGCUCCGCCUUGAGUCCACGUUCUGCUGCAAGCGCGCCUGUGCUGCAGCUGGACGCGAGACUGCGCCGAACUGCGCCGAACUGCGCUGCGGGGGCUCCCGAAGGGAUACGAGGGGGGGGGGGGGAGGGGGGCGAGGCACCGAAGUUCGGUCCGCUACGCUUGCACGCGCGUGUGCUGUGUGUGUGUGUGCGUGGACGCGUGAUUUUGUGCGGACUUGGCGAAGAACAGACAUGUAAUCCGCAUGCACAUAACACGCCCCGCCGGCCAAUCCUGAACCCCGGUCAUAUCACCUGUGAACUUUUCUUUAUCUUGUUCCAUCAUACGAAUCUGAUUUAAAAGAAGAGCAAUUUAAAAAUUAUAUUUAAUAAAUAUCAUCUUUUGUCCAUCA